GAUGUGACCGCCCCUCUUUGCAGUUCACCUCUCUGUGAGCAGCCAAGGAAGAGAGAAAGAGAGAGAGAAAUAGGCGAAAUGAACGGAAGAGGGAUACUAAAGAAACCUAAGAGAGAAAUUGAAUCAGAUGUUGAAGAAGAAAACAACAAAAUUGACAACAAUAUUUGCGGAAGCAACAACGUUGUUAACGAUGAUCAUCCUGAAACUGUUAGUACUAGCAACUAUGAAGAACAAGAGGAAGCCCUUGUUGCUCUCAUUGAACACCGCACCAAAGAAGUUGAACAUCUUCAGAAUCGUGUCUCUUAUUACCAAUCUCAGCUUAAACAAACGCAGCAGAGGUUACAGGAUACAGAGGCUAAAUUGGUUAAUGUUCGACGGAAAAUAUGUGACGAGAAGUGGAAUAAAAGUUUGCCUGCUUCCAGAAAGGAGGUGAAAAUGGAGCACAGACCUGUUAGUCCUGUGAAUCAGGGCUCUACUCAGCGCCAUCCGCAAUCCAAAUCGCAACUUCUGAUUUCAAGUGUAAGUCAAAAAUCUUCCCGGCCAAUGACUCUGGCUGAAACUGGUCCAAAAGCGUCACCCAGUCAUUAUGAUAGUUCCAUGAAGUCAAGAGGAGAUAGAUCUCAUGGAACUCCUUCUGGAUCAGAAGACUUUAAAUCUCAGGCUGUAGUGGAAAAGAGUCACCAUGAUAGUCCCAUGAAGUCAAGAGGAGAUAGAUCUCAUGGAACUCCUUCUGGAUCAGAAGACUCUAAAUCUCAGGCGGUAGGUGAAAAGAGAAAGCUUGAAUGCAGAGAACAUAAAGAGUUAGUAUCCAAAGUACGCACCACAUCUUCACCAUCUACGAUUCAGUGCCAUGGAAGUACUCAUAUCUCCAGUCAGCAUAAAAGGAAGCUAAGAAGUCUGACAGUGUGUCCUGUGAUUGAUAAGCUCUUCGUCACAAGUGCACUGGAUGGCAUGAUCAACUUAUGGCAGAUCCAGGCAAAAGGAUCAGGUGCAACUCUUUUGAGCUCUACAGAAUGUCUGUCUCCAAAACAGAGGAGAUGGCCUGAAGAUAUAGCUUGGCAUCCCGAAGGAAAUAGGCUACUUGCUGUAUAUAGUGCUGAUGGUGGGGAUAAUCAGAUAUCAGUGCUGAAUUUGAACAAAAAACAGAGUACUCGUGUGUCAUUUUUUAAGGAGAAGCCACACGUGAAGGGUAUCAUCAACAGCAUUACAUUCAUGCCUUGGGAUGAUACUUAUUUCGUGACAGGUGGUAGUGAUCAUGCUGUUGUACUUUGGAAUGAGAUAGAUGGAGAUGAUGUAUGGAAGCCAAGGGUAUUGCAUAGAAAUUUGCACUCAUCUGCAGUCAUGGGAGUCGCUGGGAUGCGACACAAGCAGAUGGUAGUGUCUGUUGGUGCAGAUAAGAGAAUAUUUGGAUAUGACGUGCUUGCUGGAAGAGCAGAUUAUAAAUAUCAGAUAGAAAGCAAAUGCAUGAGUGUUCUUCCUAAUCCGUGUGACUUCCACCUAUUCAUGGUUCAGACAGGGACCCCAGAAAGGCAACUUCGACUAUUUGAUAUACGGUUGAGAAAUUCGGAACUUCAUGCAUUUGGGUGGAAGCAAGAGAGCAGUGAAUCUCAGUCGGCUUUGAUUAAUCAGGCAUGGUCUCCUGAUGGUCUGUACCUCAGUUCAGGUUCAGCAGACCCGAUGAUUCAUGUAUUUGAUAUCCGAUAUAACGCUCACAAGCCUUCUCAAUCCGUAAGAGCCCAUCAAAAACGUGUUUUUAAGGCCGAGUGGCACCCCUCCCUUCCACUUCUCAUCUCCAUAUCCUCUGACUUGAACAUUGGACUUCACAAGAUUUGAAGUCAUAAACUCGUAUAUUUUACUCUCUAUUACCUUUACCCCAAUUUUGUUGCUUUUAGGUUUUUGUUUGGGGAAACAUUUCAUCUGUUUGGACUACAAGUUGUAUGCUGUUGUGUUAGGAAAUAGUAUGUGUUAAUCAUAUUCAUAGAUGCUGCAGAAAUGCUACAUUACAGGAGAAGUUUUCCUGUGGUGGUUGAUAGAUCUUCUGCCACUAUUAUAGAAACAUGAUUUAUCACCUGUAACACGAGAUUGUUGUUCGGUGUA